UUCCCGAGGUUAUGUGCCCUUCAAACCCACCUGGCGCCUGCCAGUGCUCCGCCAGCCCCUGGCAAUGCGCACCCCAGUGAUCACCAAGUGCAAAAACCAAUCCUAAACCCCUGCCGAAGUGUUGAACCCUCAAAAAUGUCUCAAAAGCCCCCCAAUACCGGGAAGGACGUCCUCUUCCGUCGAAUGCUGAUGGCAGUGGUCUCCAGCAUAAUAGUGCAGUGCCUGCUGAUGUCCCUGGUGGUGCUGCUGACGCACCUCUCGCCGACGAGGCCGCUCUCCUGGCUAGAGGAGAGCCUCUCCCUGGUGACGUCCCUGAGCACCUGGUGCUACUUCCUGAUCCUCUCAGCAGUGAUCGUCCUCCAGGGUGUCGUCUGCAGCAAGAGCUACCUCACAUCGCCGCCUCUGUUGGACACGAGGUUCGCAGUCCUCUGCAGCGUCUUCACCCCCCACAACCUGACAGUGGUCUCCCUGCACCUGACGAUCGGCGCGAUCCUGGUGUGGCUGCACCUCUCCUUCGAGGGCAGCCUGUCCCUCUCAAAAAAAUGUGAAACCCUCGCUGGCAACUGCCUCAGAGAGGACUACGUGUACCUCCUGCUGUCGGGGGUGUUCACAGGCGCCCACCACUUCCUCAGGAGCAGCUUCUUCGAGACGAGGCACCUGGAGUUCCCGGUGAUACCGCAGGGCAAGUUCACGCAGGUGAGGCGAGAGAUGUCUCGACUGAUCCCCAGGGUAAUGACGACCGCAGUCUGGCCUGUGAUGUACUUCCUGGGGCUGUACUACAGCUUCGGGGGGUGCGUCAGGGGUGUCGUGGCCCCCGUGCUCUUCCUGAGCGUCGAGGACGAGCCCCUGGACAGGGUCUCCCGCCUCGUCGACGUGCAGCUGAUGUUCAGGGUGUGGCUGUACAGCGGAUUCUUCUCGCUGACGAUGGAGAGCAUGCACCUGCUGUUCCAGGUGCACCUGACCGAGUGGAUGGAGUUCGACGUUGGCCAGAGGGUCUACGAGGAGCGAGCCUCGAUGAGCCUGGGGGAGGCCCUGGCCCUGGAGGAGGUGCCCAUCAUGCAGCAGCUGGGGUUCCUGGACCUGGUGACGCUGGCCCAGAAGCAGAAGAGCAGGAGGGGGAUCAUUUUCUCGUUGAGCCAGCCUGGGGGCCACCCCUACAACUGGAACUGCAUCGUGGACAGGUGCCUGGGGGUCGCCAGGGGGUUCGCAAAGAGGGUGGAGGAGGUGUGUGCUGCCAAGCAAGAGGUCGUCGUCCCCCUGAAACCCGUCGCUGCCACCCUGGAGAGACCCUACGCCUUUCACAUGAGGAACCUGGCGAGGGUCGAGAGCCCUGAGAGAGCCCGGGGGAGCUGCCCCCAGCCCCUGCCAUCCACUGGACAACUCAUCCUGGAGUUCGUGAAGAGCAGGAGACAGAGGAUCGUGGACUACGUGAUGUCGAAACCGUUGGUCUUCUACUUCUUCGGGGUGAGGAGUGACAGCAAGAUUCGACAUCUUCUGGUCACGGGGCAGUCGGUGAUCUGGGCUGUCGAGGCCAUCUCCUCGCUGGCGGUUAUUUCCCUGCGGGAGGAUUCUUAUGGGAUUGUGCAGAAGGACCUGCCGGGGAUGAUCGAGGCGCUGCUGGGGCUCAAGCAGGCCUUGGACAAGCUGCAUAAGAUGAGCCUGUUGAGCAGGAAGCCGCAGCAGGACGACAGGGAGAUUAGGUAUUUGUUGGGGGCGUUGAGGAGUGCUGAUAAGAGGGGGAUUUACAGGAUUGUUGUUGCGUUCAGGGAGUAUUUUGAGGAUCUCGCGCUCGAUCAGGGGGUCAGGGAUCAGCUGCAGGGAUUUUUUUCGUUUAGAGAGUGAAUGUUGAAUUUUUGGGAUUAGCUAAUGCCUUCUCUAUUGGAAUUUGUAUUUAUAGGAUAUUUUUGAUAUUCUUAAAUAUGAUAAGGGAUUAUUCUUAAGUGUAUUUGUACCUCAUUGUUUUCUAUGAAAUAAAA